AUGGUUAUUCAUCGCCAGUUUACAGCUUGUGAGAGUGCCUCCGUCAAUGAUGCAGCAAUUCACUCUGAUCAAAUCAACUAUAUAUUGCUUAUCCGAAUAUACACGGGCUUCAACUAUGGCGCAUUUUGGAGCGUAGAAGCCAAUGUCAAAAAGAAGGCCGACUUUCUCGACGGCUUCAAAUUGGCCAAAAAUCUAACAACCGACAUACCAUUCGACAGUGCGCGGCUGUUCACGUGCAAAACUGCUGGGACAGUGGACGAACCAACGGAAGCAUUUGACGCCGCCGUAGAAUCAAAAACUAACCUCCUAUUGGGCUUCUGGAUAACCCCAGCACGAAGCGGGGACUCGCCUGACGAAAAUGUCAAGAAUGAAAUGGCAGCACUCGAGAAAGGUUUCAAAAAGCAUGGCCAAGCACUUUCAGACCUCAUCAUUGGACUCUCCGUAGGAAGCGAGGACAUCUACCGCGCUGAGGAAGCCGGUGAGCUAGGUCUCACAGCAGAGGUUAUUGGGCAGAUCAUUGCCAAAGUCAAAGAGAGUAUUGCUGCGUCGUCGUUUGCCCAAUAUAUGAAAGACAAGCCCAUCGGACACGUAGAUACUGCCAAACACUGUGUCGUAGAUAAUGCUGACUUCAUCGGAAUGACUGCUUACCCAUACUGGAAUAAAGACAGCAUCGACACAGCAAGUGAUAGCUUUCAAUAUUCUCUAGAGGAAGUCAAGCAGCGGGCAGGCAACAGGCCAGUCUGGAUCGCAGAAAUGGGCUGGCCAUCAACCGAUACAGAGCAACAUGGUGCAGCAGUUGCAGGGAUUGAUGAACUACAGAAGUUCUGGACCGAAGUUGGAUGCGUCGUUUUUGGCAAGUACACGGCCUUUUGGUACGAGCUGCUGAAAGACUCUACGCCUGAUCAAAAAGCCGACUGGGGCCUGAUCGAUACGCUUUCGCGCAAGCCUCACAUCAAGGAUCUCAGCUGUGGAGCCCCAAAGCAAAGUCGUCCGGCUGCCCCUUCGGCAGAUUCGCAAUUUACACUGCAGUCUUCUUUGUUAGCAUCAAACGGGUUAAGUGGCUUCAAGGUGCCCGAUCCCUCAACUACGCUAUCAUCAUCGGAGAUACAGCCAAGUCCCGGGAUAUCGAAUGUCACCCUAUCCAAGGUCGGUCCGAGCACGACGUAUGUGACUGUGUACAAAACUACGACAAUAACUUCCACACCAAAGAUGUGGAGCAACACGUCAUUCUCAAGUGUUGCAGGAACAAAAAUGAUUACACAGUCCAUAACUGUUCUAUCACCUUUCACAAGCAAGACACCCUCAGACCGCUCCCUUUCAUAUUUCACAACUACUAGUAUGCCAGGUACGUCGUGA